CCUAUUUAAGGAGACCUAACCCGACUCCAAGGCAUCAGUUUGUUAUCAUCAGUCGAAGACACAACAAAUACCAGGAUGAAAGUAGUGGCCAUUCUUUUGCUCAGCACUCUCUCCGUUGCCUUGGUGGUGGCGUUUCCUGGUAACCACCUUGCAGAUGCUGCUGUGCCAGCUGGUGGCUUGUAUGCUGUUGCAGUGGCCCCUGCAGCAGAUGCGGGAUCCGCCGAAUCGCCGACGUCGGAGGCAGACCAAAAUACUAACAGCAUUCGCAAGCCUCGUAAUAUUCUAAGCAAGCUCUUCCAUCAUGAGCCGAAGACUGUGGUGGUGCAGCCCAUCAUUAUUGAGCGUCCAGCAUACCAACCAAACUACGGAUACCAGAAUCCCAAUAUCUACUACAACCAGGGCAGGCGUAUUUAUUAGAGAGCCUGAUGUCUUUAAGAUUUAAUGUAUAGAAAACUUAAUAAAAUAAAAAUUCUUGGCCUUUAAGUCGUAGAUAAA